UCGAGCGAUGGCUUCUAACCCGAUGGUGUACCUCGACGUAACGAUCAACGGGGUCCCGGCGGGGAGGAUCGUGAUCGAGCUGUUCGCCGACGUGACGCCGAAGACGGCGGAGAACUUCCGGGCGCUGUGCACUGGGGAGAAGGGGCUCGGGCGGUCGGGGAAGCCGCUCCACUACAAGGGGUGCCCCUUCCACCGGGUGAUCCCGGGGUUCGUGUCUCAGGGCGGUGACUUCACCGCGGGCAACGGGACCGGGGGGGAGUCCAUCUACGGGGGCAAGUUCGCGGACGAGAACUUCGUGAAGAAGCACACGGGGCCCGGGGUGGUGUCCAUGGCCAACUCCGGGCCCAACACCAACGGCUCCCAGUUCUUCAUCUGCACCACCAAGACCCCCUGGCUCGACGGAAGGCACGUCGUCUUCGGCCAUGUCGUCGACGGGAUGGACGUCGUCAGAGCCAUGGAGGAGGUGGGCUCUCAGGGGGGCAGGACCUCCGAGCCCGUCGCCAUCGCCGACUGCGGCCAGCUCUCUUAGGCCAAACGCUCGUUCGUCGGCGGGCGCCUUUACCUGUCUUCUUCAGUUCUCUAUCGAAUAACGGGGAUUAAUGGUGUGUCUGAAUCCUCAUGCACUCUGAAUGUCUCUUUCCCAACAUCUGGAUGGAGGGGUUUGUUUCGAUCUGUUCGAUCUAUGCCAUGCUCCAUCUUUUGUUGAAUCUAUGCUUUUAUGCAUUAAUAAUAAAACUUGGAUUUUAUCAACGUA